UGAGGAACAGCGGUUUAUGCAGUUAGCGUUUUGUUUUUCCGAAGGAGUGUCAGACGCUCCUCUCCUGCUCUCGAAGGAGUUUUCUCCUGGGUACUGCAGUUUAUCACUAUCAGCCUAAGUCAAAACCAUGGCUCCCAAAUCUCCACAGAAGAGCCCAGGUGGCAAAAAAAAGUUACAGGGCAAACGACGCAAACAAAUCUUAACGGUUCAUGAAGAAGAGGAACCAGUGAAUAUGGAGAGCAUGGGUCAUCCGGAAAUUUAUCCUUUAGUAUUGACUACCAAAACCCAGGAAAUAUUUAACUGCAGAAUAGAUGAAGAUGUCACCGAGGAAACACCUUAUAAGCUGAUCAAAAAGGAAGACAUUUUGGAGGACUUGCAGAACAGAGCUGCUGUGUCUGACUUCCACCCAGUCAAGAAACUUGUGCGGGAAUAUCCUGGUAAUGAGAUGCUGCUCGUUUAUGACAAAGACUUCAAAUAUGGACUUAAUUUUUACCUUAUUGGCACUGAAGAAGGCAAAGAAAACUAUUUAAAUUUUCCAGAAGUACCUGAAGAACAGGAAGAAUUGAAAGAACUUGUUCCUGAAGACAUAUAUGUUUAUAAACCACCUGUCUCUAAACCUUGGGUUUCUUUGGGCAGUGAAAAAGAAAUUGAGGAAGAAUCAGUUAAGGAAUCUACAAAGCGGAUCACGUACAUGAUUUCACGUAAACGACGUCAAUUUGGUGCACCAGUUUCAUUCAGUGACCAGAAUGCUUCCAGUGUUAAAGAUGCCUACAUUGAAUGUACGGCCUACCCAGAUAAGAAUUUCACCCUCACACAACUUGAGAAAGAUGUUGGUAUGCAAGCAGUCCCCUAUAUCAAAGACACAAGUACUCAGACCAGGUGGACAUACCCCAAAAAUGCUGCUACACAAUAUCAUGCAAGAGAGUUCUCAGAAGAGGAAAAAGAGACAUUUGGACAAUCAAAGUCUUUGAUUGAUUUUCUUAACAAUGUGUCCGUAAGUGUUGAAAUAGCCCUGCAGCAAAAUGAAAUCAUGGACACAUUUAUUGAUGACUGGAGACACCUGGCAGAAGAGGAAGGCACAUUUGGGGACAAGUCCGACACUCACCUGAAGGAGUACCAGUCCUUCACGGACCUUCAUAGCCCCAUGGAGAAGAUGAUCACCUGUGUGUCUUGGCACCCAACUAUCUAUGGGCUGAUAGCUGUGUCGGUGGCUGUGCGUCUCUCCUUUGAAAACAGAGUCCAGUUUUCUGGUAAAUUGUUGCUGCAGCCAUCACUAAUUCUUUUCUGGAGUUUCUCUGAUCCCAUCCAUCCUCAGUUAAUGCUAGAAAGCCCAGAUGACAUCUUCUGUUUCCAGUUCUGUCCCAGUGACCCCAACAUCAUCGCUGGAGGCUGUAUAAAUGGACAGGUUGUCAUGUGGGAUAUCACUUCACACGCAGAUCGCAUAGAAAACAUCAAGGCAGGGGGUAGCAGAAGUAAAAAAGUCGCUCUCAAGCCUAUGUUUCUCCUUGAACCAGACAGUAAUAAGGAAGCGAUGUAUAUCAGACACUGCGCAGUCUCUUCAAUAGAAAACGGACACAAGAAAGUAAUUACAGAUAUCCACUGGCUGUCUGAUACAUUUGAGAUUAACAGACUGGGCUCUGUCUAUGAGAAUCGAAGUGGAAUAUCCUGUCAACUUGUGACGUGUUCAGCAGAUUGCACAAUAUGUUUUUGGGAUAUUAGACCACAGAAAACUUUAACCCCACAAGUGACCGAGAAAAAGAAAGAAGAAACCAUUGAAAUUCCUUUUGAUGUCCCUUCUACCUUUUUACAUCUAGAUCUCGCCUGGAAACCUCUCACUAAGUUAAGGUUGUCUAAGGGUGAAACAAGUUUAGACCACUGCCCAACCAAGAUCAGCCUGAAGGAAGACCAUCUUCUUUACAAGGCACAAGACAAAAUGCUAUUGCAGACCAAAGCAGUGAAGGCAGGGGAGAUGAAUCCAUACCAUAAUCUGGAAGUGGGAAUGUCCAAUUAUCUGAAGCCAAUAGACGAGUUCUGCACAAAGUUCUUUGUAGGGACAGAGGAGGGCGAAGUGAUAUACACAGAUUGGAAAAUGGAAAGAGACCCUGAAACUGGCCGAUUGAUGACAAAGAAGCCAGUGAGCCUGUACACGGUCCACGACGGCGCCGUCCACACUGUGCAGAGGUCACCUUUCUACAAUGACAUUAUCCUCACCAUUGGCGGAUGGAACGUGGCCAUCUGGAAGGAAGGUAUCAUGACUGGGCCCCUCCUUCAGUCAUGCUGUGCACCAAAAAGGUACACCUCAGGACACUGGUCCCUGACAAGACCUGGAGUUUUCUAUAUUGGUCGAGAGGACGGAUACAUUGAUAUCUGGGACCUUCUGGAGAAGACACAUGAACCAGCCUUGUCGCAAAACAUUUGCAUAACAAUGAUCACCUACAUCAAACCCUGGACCUUUUCUGCUAAGCAGCAAUUUAUAGCCAUAGCUGAUUAUUAUGGAACACUGCAUAUAUUAGAAAUUCCUUGGACAUUAAGUCACCCUUCUGCCAAUGAGGCAUCAAGUGUCAACCACUACUUUGAAAGAGAAGUCAGGCACCUAGAAUACGUAGAACAGCGCCGAAGUAUUCGUGAACAAGAAAAGAAGGAAAUGGAGCUAGAAAAGGAAAAGAAGAAAGUUAAAGCGUACCAGAAAUCCAAAGAACAAAUGGAGGCUGAAUUAAAAUCAGACUAUGAGAGUUACCUGGAACUGGAGAAGAACACCCUCAUCAAUCUUGGCCUAAUCAAAGUCACAGAAAAAGUGUCAUAUAUGGACUUGAUGUAGAAAAACUUUCCGAAGAGGCAUUUUGGGGACUUUAUGGGUCUUGUUUUUGUAUGAUUUUUUUUUUUUUAUGUAAGGUGAACUCGCUAACUAAACAUUUUAAAUUACAUGUGGGCUUUUAUGCAACUGAUGUUAAAAUUCUGUAUUAUAA